AUGGCGACACCAGAGCUUCCACCAGCGCUCUUGGCUAAAUUAGCGGCCCAAGUCGUCCAAGAUCCUGGAGUCCCGGUGCCAAACCCAACUGUGUCAGCCUGGCAAGAACCGGCACACCCUCUUGCGACUAUCCAGUCAGGCCAGUUGCCGGCGUGUACUGAAAUCGCUAUUAUUGGAUCUGGCAUCACCGGUUGCAACGCCGCUAGGACAGUCCUUGAGAGUGAACUGGGCCGCGACAAGCGAGUUACCGUGUUUGAAGCUCGUUCUCUAACUACCGGAGCAACAAGUCGCAAUGGAGGCUUCUUGCUAAGCCAUGCCCCCCAGUUCUAUGGUCGGUUUGCCGACGCUUUCGGGGCUGAGGCCGCUAGAGAUAUUGCCCAGUUUUGUAACCUCACGCUGGAAGAGAUUAAGCGGGUUGCUAAAGCCGAGAAUCUCGACCAGGUAAGUGAGAUCAGAGACGUCACAACGGUCACUACCUUCGAAGAUGAGGAAGGCUUCGCCGAAGUUUGUCGGUCUGUUCGUUUGUACGAAGAAGCCGUAGACCCGAAGGAGAAAUUCACUAUUAUCGACGGAAAAACUGCUGAGAAGAAAUAUCAUUUCAAGAAGUCCGCUGGUACUUUGGAGGUCAAGUCUCAGGUCUUCUGGCCAUAUAAGCUAGUCACCGGUCUUCUCAAGCUCCUUCUUGAACGUUAUCCAGAACGUUUUUCAGUUGAAACCAAGACCCCAGUCACGUCGAUCACCGUCUCCGAAGAUUCCGACGCCGCGUACCCCUAUGUGUUGACGACCCCUCGUGGGACUGUUAGAGCGGCAAAGGUUUUGCACUGCGUGAAUGCCUUCACUGGUCACCUCCUACCAAAACUGAGGGGCCCUAUCUUCCCAUGCCGUCUGUCUAUGUCGUCCCAAAAGCCAGGUCCCCAGUGGGGAAACCGCGCUAAUUCAUGGCUCUUCCACAAGAAGAUGUCAUAUGAUGAGAGUACUACCGUGACCGAACAAGGUCUAUACUGGAUGCAGCAAAAUGCCGAGACCGGUGAUCUUUUUGUAGGAGGAGAUAUGCAGAGACUGGAUGACUUUUUGUCUUCUGAUGACUCCGUUAUCAGUGCCGACUCAGCAGGCAACCUUACCACCUUGCUCCCGAAGAAGCUCUUCAAUGAAGGUUGGACUAACUCCAUUACGAAUAAUACUCUGUCUGCUGGCACUUCACUUCAUCGGAUUUGGUCUGGAAUCAUCGGCAUGACUGCGGAUCAACUCCCGAUUGUGGGUAGCGUGCCAACCAGCGUGAGCGAGAGGAACAUUGAAGGAGGCGAGUGGGUCGCGGCCGGAUUUAAUGGAUAUGGCAUGUGCCAGGCCUGGCUGUCGGGCCAGGCUAUUGCUACUAUGGCUCUGGGCGGACCGAAACCAGAGUGGCUCCCUGAUGUCUACCUGAGCUCGGAGCGACGCCUGACAGACAGGGUCAACAUGGGCCAGGAGGCCGCACUGGCAUCCUUUUUCUUCAGGUAG